AUGGCCGCUGUAGAGGAAGAAGUCCUAUCUACCGAGAUUUUGAGGUUACGGGAAGAGUACAAAGCAUUGGCUUCUCAGCUCCCGGCUGCGCUGCGCUGUGAAAAGCCUGAGAGCUUAAUUGAUUACAUCGGCUGCAUCUUCAACGAGUCAGAUGCUGCCGUGGCCGCUGGGAUCAUAAAAGCUGGAAGCGGCACUGUGCUUAACAACACCCACGACACGGCAGCAGCUGCAGCUCCGGACGGCUCCAAGACCGAUUCCGACGCUUGCCCCACGAAACCCGAUUCCCCCACCAAGCACCUCACUUCCGAAGACCUCUCGAAGGGACUCGAGUUACUCGAGCACCUGCGGGAGGAGGUUCUGACCUCCGCAGAAACAGUUACCACCGCCAGCAGCGAGCUCGGAUGGCUCGGGGUGAUCACCUCAGCCCUUGCAGGCCAGCCAGACGCAGUCGCUCUUACACGCUGCCCAGACUGUCGCCGUACAGUCCUUGCAUGCCGUAUGCCGUACCACCGACCGCACUGCGUCCCAGCACCAGCACCCAGCGUCACCGCCAAACCCGCAGCCGGGGCGCCCAAAGCUCCUCGGGGUGGAGCCAGCGGUUCCAGGGGCAGCGCCGGUGCUGGAUCGGGUGCUGCGGCCGCAGCGGGCGGCGGCGGAGGGAGGUCUGGCGGCGGCCGCGGCGGCGGCGGCCGCGGCAGUGGCAGGGGCCCGGGGCGGCCGCCGGGUUCAGGCAAGCCAGGUGGGGCGCGGCAUAUGCGGAGUUUGGCGUCGCUCAGCCGUGAUCUCCCCAGUGCCUCCGCCCCGUGGAUUGCCGCGAUGCCCGACGUGUCAGCAGCGGCGGCGGCGCGCCACGUGCCGACGAAGCUGAAGAAAGUCACGUUCCCAGGGUCACCGACGGCGGCGGUUGCCGACGUUGCUGGCGACUGCGGCGGUUUAGAGGGUGAGGCAGCGGUUGCGCUGGAAGCGGGGGAUGACGCGUUUGCGGCGGCAGCUUCCACACAGCCGUCAGCGAGCGACGGCGAUGACGAGGAGGAGGAUGCAGCAGCGGCAAGAGGGGGAAUCGGAGCUGUGGGAGACACGGCGGUAAACAGCAAUGGAGGAGGCAAUGCAGUGACGGCGAAGGCGGCCAGCACCUGGGCUGGGGCUGGGCUUGGGGGCAAGUCCGUAGCGUCUGCCCCGCAGACAGCUUCCGGGUUGCUGUCCCGCUUCCUCGGCGGCCUUACUGGCGCCUUCGUGUUCCCUGCCGCGACGAGGCGGGCUCGGUCGUCCUGUCCGAACCGGAUAAAGAACGGGGUAACGAGUUCGGGUCAGCCGGCGGCGGCUGCGCCAGCUGCCGGCGGCACGACACAGGCGGCGGCGUGCAGCGGGGCGCAGGGGCCCCAGGAUCGCUGCGGCGGAGAAAGGAGCUCGACGGGGUGGGGCCCUGCAGUGCAGCCGGGAUGUGGGGCGGGAAAUGGCGCAGGUCCUGGCCUCUCUUCCGUUGCCACGGGCGGCAACGGAGGCGUUGCCUCCGCGCCGGCGGUUGGCUGCGCGGUUGGGCCUAAGGAAGGAACUGGGUGCGGCGCGCGGGCAAGUCCCGCCGCUAAGCGCGGUGCACAGCCGCAGUCGCUGCAACAGCACGCAACGAAACGGCAGCAGCAGCGGCAGGCGAGCAUUGCGGCGGCGACGGCAAUUGCGGCAGCGGCGAAAUCGGAGGACGUGGCGGAAGGGGAAGAUAUGGAGGCAGCGGCGGAGGCGGCGUGCGGCGGAGGAGAAGGAGGAGGAGGCGCAGCAGCAGCAACACAGCAGGACGCCACUGUACCUUCGGCAGCAUCAAAAGCCAGCGCCCCGGCCCCGCCCGCGUCGGAACCUCCGUCCUCCUUGCCUCAGGACAUCUCCACGGCUAUGGAGGAGCCCGCCAAUGGCGCUUUCGGGACCGACCCGGCAGCAGUAGCAGCAGCAGCAGCAGCAUCCCAACGUCCCGUCGGGGCCGCGGCGGCCUCAGCCCUCCCGCAUCCCCCGUCAGCUCCCCCUGGCGCGGGUGGGGAUGCGGAUGUAGCAGGGAGAAGUACCGCCAAGUACCCUCAAUCCGGCCCUCCUCAAGGCACCUCCCCGGUGCAGCACUACCAGCAGCAGCAGCAGCGGCUGGUUGGUGCAGCAGCUGGGUCGCAAGGGUCAUCGCCCGGUGUGCUGCUGGCGGCGGGCUUUGCGAACCGGAAACGACCAGCGGUUCAGGAGCUGCUGCGGCCCGGGUCCCGGCUGCGAGGCCAGAUGCUGGUGACUGGACCCAGACCUGUCGGUGUUGGCGCCGGGGUACCACAGCAAAGACCCCUUCCUGGCGUCGCCAGUGGCAGCGGCAGCAACGGCGCGGCGGCAGUUAUGCGAGCUCAACAGCCAGCGCAGGUGUCAGGGCAAGGGCCGGUGCUGGGGUCGGGCCAGCCCAUGCAGCGCAGCGGGACUGGACCCUUGCCCAGCCAGACGGCUGGAUCGGGGGCUAUGGGCGGAGUUGCGCCGCCGGGUCAGCGUCUGGUCGGGACCCAGCCCCCUAAUUCCAAGGCCCCUGGCCUGAUGCCCCUGGCGGCUAUGGGGGGGGCCCCCGGCGGGACCAUGAGUGGUGCGCUGCGGCAGAGCUCCAACGGGCUGAUGCCUCCGGGCAUGAUGCCGACACCUGGCUCGGGGCCGGGGAUGAUACCCACACCUGGAGCGGGACCUGGAGGCAUAGGGCCCAAGCAGGCCAGCGGAGGCGGCAUGAUUCCCACACCUGGCGGAGGCGCCUCACUGACUCCCGUGCCUGGCACGUUCAUGAUGAUCGCAACGCCGGGGCCCGGAUCGAAUGCCGGACCUAUGAAGCCGCCCGCGCUCAUGACUGCGCCGGGAUGUGCAGGACUGCCGGCCGCUGCAGCUACGGCGGCGGCGGCGACGCCAGCGCUGGCGGUUCCCCGCGCUUUCGUGCCUGGCACUCUCCUCACUCCGGCUCAGGUCCAGGCCACGGCGCAGGCGUUGCUACAGGAGCAGCACCACUUGCAGAUUGCGGCGCAGCUGCAGAAGGCACAGGAACAGCUACAGCAUGCACAGCAGCUGCACCAGCAAGCGCCGCAUGGCUCACAGGCACAGCACGCGCAGCAGCUACAGCAGGCACAACUGCAGCUGCAACACGCACAGCAGCUGUUCCAGGCGCAGGUACAGAUGCAGCUGCAGCAGCGGAUCAUGGCGGCGUCGCAGGCACAGGCCCAGCUACAGCAGCAAGCCCAGGCUCAAGCUCAAGCUCAGGCACAGACGCAGCAGCAGCAGCAGGGCCAGCCGCAAGCAGUGCAAGGGCAUCUGCCGCAACAGGCACAGACGCAAUCGACGCAGCAGCACUAUACGCCUGCUACACAACUGCAACAGUAG